AUGAGAUUAGAAAAAAUACUCUCAGAUUGUUUACCUUCUGAUGAUAGAUUUGAAGUAUUACAUUUGCAAAGUGUACCCACUGAAAAUUAUCCAAUCGUAACUAAAAAGCUAGGUCAAGAUAACGAAUUAAUAACUGUUAAGACUCAACAUUUUUUUACACUAUUUCAAAACUCGAAGACAGUGUUUGGCCUAGAAAUUUAUGUUUAUAUUACUUUAAUCAAGAAAGCUAAAUUAGAUACAAAUAAUGACGUACUAGAUGCAGAAAGGUUGAUAUUUAUUUCAAAGGCAGACACCACUGGGUAUAAUAAUAAAAGAAUAAAUAUUAAAUUAAUCACUAAAUCAAUUAUUCACUAUUUGCUAUCAAUUGAUCCAAAUUAUUAUUUGCAAAAAGUAAAACCUUUAAAGAGGAACUAUGUAGGAAAAUUUUCCAAUUAUAUAUCGAAAAGUACUUCAACUGUAAAGGCAUUAAAAUUAUUAUCUAAAAGAAAAAGUGCACACCAGAAACAACUCUAUCCUCCAAAUGAUCUUUUUUUACACCUUAAAUGUGAACAAAAUAUUGUGACAAAGAUUUGUUUAUUCACAAGACCAGCAGAUCAAUACUUGUUUGCAGAUUCAUCUAAAAAUGCCAAAAAACAUGUUUUAACAGGCGAAGGUCUUCUUUUAUGGUGGAUCUCAAUUAUGGACGACUUGUUGAUUGAAGAAUAUGAAAGUGGAACGGAGGCUAAAUUAAAUAUUCCAGGAGAAGAAAAUGUUAGAAUACGAAAAUAUUUUAGAAAUUUAAAGUAUUCAAGUUGGAAUAUAGGUGAUAUUUUUGGCGGAUCUGCAAAUUCGUUAGCUGUUUUCAAUAUUCCCUUAUUUCCAGAUGAUCCAAAAUCACGUUUCCUGCAUCAAUUAGUUGAAGAAAACAGAAUUUAUAAAACUGAUAUGGAGACCUUUUGGAUAGAGCUUCAAGAGCGUCAAGAAUUCAAAGCAGGGAUUACAGUAUCUGUUAUAGGUAUUUCAGGUCAUUUAAGAUCAAUAUCAAAAAAUAUUCCUAUGGAUGGUGAAAUUAUAAAGACACCUUCCAAAAGCAGCUUCAAACAUCUAAAAUCAUAUAUUACCGGUGAAGAAUUUGAUACAGAAGAAGGUGCUCUGGAAUCGUACUCAAAUAUAAAAGAAUAUGUUGUAUCUAGAAUGCAUAAAGAUCUUUUAACUGUUUCAGGAACUUACCAAUUUAAACCCAAAAUCAAACCUUCAGUUCAGAAAUUCACAAUAACAACUUUGCAACCCAGACGAGCAAAAUGA